UUAUAAACUAACCCCUGACGUCAGAAACCCUGUGGCGCGCACCGAAACAUGGCGGAGGAGUCGACAGGUCGCGUGCGGUGCCCCGUCUGCGCGGGUGAAUUUGAGCCUCUCCGGAUCAACGCGCACCUGGAUGCGUGCUUACUACAACCCGCGCCGGGCGGAGAGGACGGACCGCCGGCCAAGAAGUCUCGCACUGGCCGCGAAGCUGAAAGCGCCGCGGCGCCCGGAGGCACCGGGACUGAAGCGCAACUAGACGCCAGUCCGCCCGCGGCGCUCUUCCCAGUGUUCACCCCGUCCAGGGCUACGCCGCGGAUGGACACGGAGGCGUCCGCCAGCCGCGGGGUGACGGGUGCGACGCUGCCCCAGCGCGGCGGGGCUGCACUGAGCGCCCUGCUGAGCGCAGACAGGCCCCUGGCGGACAGCAUGAGACCCAGUACGCUGGAGGACUAUUUUGGGCAAAAUAAAGUGGUGGGAGAGCAGACGCUGCUGCGGUCGCUGUUGGAGUCGCAGGAGAUUCCCUCACUCAUCCUUUGGGGUCCGCCCGGAUGUGGAAAGACGACCCUUGCCCACAUCAUUUCAAGCUCCAGUAAAAAGAAGGGCACGGCACGCUUUGUGACUCUCUCAGCGACCAGCACAUCGACCAAUGAGGUGCGAGAGGUCAUCAAACAGGCCCAGAACGAGCUCCGCCUCUGCCGGAGGAAAACCAUCCUCUUCAUCGAUGAAAUUCAUCGCUUUAACAAAUCUCAGCAGGACACGUUCCUGCCCCACGUGGAGUGCGGGACGGUCACUCUGAUCGGGGCGACCACAGAGAACCCCUCGUUCCAGGUGAACAGUGCACUGCUGAGCCGCUGCAGGGUUCUUGUUCUGGAGAAGCUGUCCGUCGAGGCAAUGACCUCGAUACUGCGCCGGGCCGUUGGCUUGCUCGGUCUGCACGUGCUGCUGGACGAGGAUCCGGAACAGGGCUGCUCUACUUCUGCAGAGCAGUGCUCAGAGCCGUGGGUGUGCAUCGAGCAGAAGGCCCUGGACACCCUCGCCUACCUGUGUGACGGGGACGCCCGGGCAGGGCUGAACGGGCUGCAGCUGGCCGUGCAGGCGUGCCUGGCCAAGGCUCGGGCGUCGGGCCCACGCCCCGCUCAGCCCGUCCUCGUCCAGGAGGAGCACGUCAAGGAGGGCCUGCAGAGGUCACACAUCCUCUACGACAAAGCAGGCGAGGAACACUACAACUGCAUCUCGGCCCUGCACAAGUCAAUGAGGGGCUCGGACGAGAACGCUGCCCUCUACUGGCUGGGCCGUAUGUUGGAAGGUGGUGAGGACCCGCUGUACGUGGCCCGCAGGCUGGUCCGUUUCUCCAGUGAGGAUGUGGGGCUGGCUGACCCAGCAGCACUUCCCCAGGCUGUGGCAGCUUUCCAGGCCUGCCACUUCAUCGGCAUGCCUGAGUGCGAGGUGAUCUUAGCCCAGUGUGUGGUCUACCUGACCAGGGCUCCCAAGUCUGUAGAGGUGUAUAAAGCAUAUGACAGCGUUAAGGCCUGUCUAAGGAACCACAAAGGUCCCUUACCCCCUGUGCCCUUUCACCUCCGCAAUGCCCCCACCAGGCUAAUGAAGGAGUUAGGCUAUGCUAAAAACUACAAAUACAACCCAGCAUUCAAGGGGCCCGUGGACCAAGAAUACCUCCCUGCGGAACUCUGCGGGAUCAACUUUUUUACCUGGAAACCCUCUGAUCUCUGACCUCUCACCCGUUGUAGAUGGUGCCAAUGGCAUUCUGGGAUUUUUUUUUCCUGCCCCCCACCCUCUCCCUCUCCAUGAUGGCUUUGCCUGUUCUUGUAACAUCAAGUUACAAGUAGUCCCAAAGAUCUGUCAGAUACAUACACGUUCUCCUCUUUCCUCAGACUCUUGCUUCCAUCUGCUUUUUAUUUUUGUGAUUUCUGCUGAACUGUGGGACCUGCGAGAUUCUCACACUGGCACCAGACCGGGACCCAGACCGGCACCAGACCGGAGGAGAUGGUGUUGCACCACUCGCAACAUUCCCAGCGAAGCAUAAAAUAUAAGCGUAGCAUCACAUCUGAAAUUAACACAACAAUUCAGUGUCACUGAUCUGAUCUAUAAACCAUGUUUUCAAACCAUGUGCAUUUAUUUUCCCAUCUUUUGCAGAGAGCAGUACAGCAUAUGAUUUCAGACGAAUGAUUUCUAUUUGUGUUAAAUUUAAGUUUGUAAAUAUAAUAUUAUUUCUAUCAUCAUUUUGAUUAUAAUUGUUUUCCACACAAGAAAAGCGGGUUGCUUCAUAAGAGCAGGCUUUUAAGUGUCUUACGUUUAAAACUUAUUGUUGAAAUAAGCAACUCGUACACUGGAUCUGGGAGCAGACAGAAGGCACUGAUGUACCUGAUUUUCUACACGCAUCACUUAGUGCAAAUCCCUUCAUACUGGUUAGCCUGGAAAAAGCUCAGCCUGUUUCACAGAAAGCCAGCUUUGUGGUCUUCAUCUCUAUCUGUGACGUGUCAUUGUUUUUGUGAACAGGAAACAUAACAGCAGGCCUGUGCCGUGUUUUUGGGGGAUGAUGCAAACUGUUUAACACCCUUUUAUUCCACCUAAAACAGGCCCUGUAAGAGCCAUUUAAUUGUUUGUCCAUGUCCUGUUUGACCACCAGGGGGUGCAGGAGUUAACGUUGGCUCCAAGUACAAGCAGGGAGGAGGUCAACAGUAUUUGGAAUGUAUUUGCCUUGUAAACGUUAAGGCACGUGUGGAAAACGAAGGGGCACACUCACUGUUUUAUAAAGGUUUGCACGUUUGAGUCUCCAUUCUAGCAUGCCCAACAAACACAGACAUUGCCAACAUACCUUAUAGUGACAUCUGGAUUUGUUUAGUUUUUAGCGUGGACAGGAAUGGCUGGAAAAGGCAGUAUGGAGCAAUAAGGACACAAACGUGCUGAGACUUCUGUUUGGAGAUGGUGGACUAUUGUGCUUGCACGCCCUCUAGAACAUGACACAGAUCAGUCACAGUGAAUGCAUAUGCUGAUUUGACACCCUGCACUUUGGAAAUAGUUUUGUUUAACCCUGAACAUCAAAAAAGUAUCUAAACUUACAUGGAAAAGCAUCACAGUCACACUUUUAAGACAAUCUAGGACAAAGAUUAUAAGGGAUUUAUACAGUGCCCUGAAAUAUUUACAUGUUCACAUGUUUAGAAUUUUUGUUGAAGGAGUUAAAAAGGUUAACUUAUCCACAUGUUCUGGUCUUGUUGAUAUUUUGUCUUGGAACAGCAUUACCGAUCAUUUAACUAAAAUUACAAAUGUUAAUGAAUCAGAAGUUUCCUGAAAACACUUCUGUAUGAAGACCCUGUAAGAGUAACAUAAAUUAUUCAGUAUUCUGUAAUUAUACAGGUUAAUUGUGUAUUAAUUAUACAGGUUAAUUGCUAACCUUCCGCCUCCAUUUACCAUGCAUGCCUUAGCACUAAAUAAACUCACCUUAGAGCGCA